AUGACCUUCUCGCCCUAUCUCCUUGACUCCGCCCCUAUCCGCCCCGUCCGAGCCAAGACAGCCAAUCAGCACCAAGCGCGCGCACCGAGAGCUCGCGCAGACCCCCUCAGGCGCAUGCGCAUGCGCAUGCGCAAGCGUUUCCCGCCAAAUCAGUGUGGUCGCGCGCUUCCAGAUCAAGCUGCAAAGAACCUACACAUGGCAGAGGUUUCGGGUAUCUUGAGAAAUCUCAACACUGUUCGACUACAUGGUCAAGAAGAGAAUCCAGAAACCAUCCCCAUAAGAAACCCAGGGACUCUGAAAAUGUUCCAUGAAAAACUUAGACAUUUUCAACAUUUGUCAAUGACUGGACCUCAGCAAGCUGUUAGCCAAAUCCAGAAGAUGUGCCGAGAAUGGCUGCAGCCUGAGACCCACAGCAAGGAGCAGAUGAUAGAGCAACUGGUGCUGGAGCAGUUUCUGAGCACCCUGCCAGAGGACGUUCAGACGUGGGUGAGGUCAAAACAGCCCAAGAACAGCAGGGAAGCGAGCACCCUUGUGACAACGUUGAUCAAGGCAUGUGAGGAGAAAGGAUUUCCUUCUCAGGACUCUGAACUUGAGGAAAAGAAGGAAAGCAAAGAAUAUCUAAAGAAGAAUAUAAAGAUGUCAAACCAGCUACCAUCAGCUAAGUCCCAGGAAUUGGUGACCUUCAACGAUGUGGUUGUGGACUUCAGCCCAGAGGAGUUAACAUACCUUAGUGAUGCUCAGAAGAAUCUCUACCGUGAGGUGACACUGGAGAAUUUCCAGAACCUGGUGUCUGUAGGGUACCAGUUCCCUAAGCCUGACAUUAUCUCCCUCUUGGAAGAAGAAGAAUCACAAGCAAUGAAGCAAGACAGCAAUACAGUAAUUUGUCAGGAUUGGGAGAAGAGACCUGAAACCAAAGAACCAACCCUAGAGCAAAGCCUGCCUAUAGAAAGAUCACACUUGGGGGCAGGAAUGGAGGGUCUGGCAGUGGGUAACUUCUGGUAUGUCUGUGUAGGAGGGUCUGCUGAUGAUCCAGCAGAAUUGCACCAGGGAAGACAGGAGCAACAAAUUUUGAGGCCUGAAACAAUGUGUGACCUCAAGACCCUUGUUCAGGAAAGAAGCCAUAGCAGAGAUGAACUUGAAGGAAGCUCUAACCUUACCAAACAGCCAGACAACCUCCCAGAAAAGGAUCCCCAGGAAUGCACUGCUCCUGGAAUUAGUACCAGACCCAAGCCAGUGAUGCACAUCAGUUGUAAAGUUUGUAAAAGAACCUUUAGUUCUCGAGUGGCCCUUGGAAAACAUGAGCCCAUCCACUCUGGUAAGAAACCCUUUAAAUGUAACCAGUGUGGCCAGGCCUUCUUUCUCAUGCCACACCUCACCAGACAUCAGAAGACUCAUUCUAGUGAGAAGUCCUCCAGUGGCAGCAAACCUGGAAAACCUGUUAUCCAGCGUGUGAACCUCUGUGAGCAUGUGAGAAUUCACAAUGAGGAGCGCUACCAUGAAUGUUAUAAGUGUGGCAAAGCUUUCAUCCAGGAUGCCCACCUUGUUCAACAUCUCAAAGCCCACCAGGCAGCAAAGGCCCUUCCCUGCAAGGUGCCCCACAAGAAGACAUAUUCAAUUCGCUAUCAACAGAAACAUGGCUAUGUCGGAGAGAAAGCCUGCCAGUGCUGUGACUGUGGCAAAGUCUUCAGUCAGAUUUCACAUCUCAUUCAGCACUAUCAAAUUCAUGCUUGGGAGAGGCCUUACCAGUGUCAGCUAUGUGGGAAGUGUUUUAGCUUACCCUCAUACCUCACUCAACAUUAUCAACUCCAUUCUCAAGAGAAGCUAGUUGCAUAA